ACCCACCUUCUUUUUCCUCUUCUUCCGCUUUGGGUGAUUUUGCUUCCUUUUUAUUAUUUUUAUUUCUUAGCAGGGUUCGUAUUUACUUAAGAUUUAAACUAACCUUUUCUCAAAAUAAAAGAAAUAAGAAUAUGAGAUUAUUUAUUAGCUUGGUAGCAGUUUUAUGUAUCUUGUGCAGCAAUGUUUUAGCCGAUCAGAUUUUCCCAUCUCAUGUAGCUGGCACAUUUGGCCGGAGCACCCGUGAACCAAAAUACAAGAUUGAGUUCCAUACAGAAGAUUCCCCCUACCAUCCUGAUGAUGAUCAGGAGUCUGUUGUUAUGCCUAAUAAAGAUGGAAAGAAUUUUUUAUGUUUCUUGCCUAAGGUGGAGAAAGCUAAGACCGGAAAGCCAGUUAUUCAGCAGAACACAAGCAGCAUGAUUGUGGAAAGUGAGAAACGGGUUAAACUGAAGACACCAGAUGAACUACUGGAAGUACUGAAAGAUCGAUGCUUUCUCAGACAAGAGGGUUGGUGGUCCUACGAAUUUUGCUAUCAAAAGCAGUUACGGCAACUACAUUUGGAAGAGGAUAAGGUGGUUCAGGAGUUUGUUUUGGGUGUAUAUGAUGAAGAGGGCACUGCUGCAUUCAACCAGAAUCUCUCUGAUAUCUCCACGUUAAAAGAUCCUCGCUCAAAAGAUGCAUCACAAAGGUAUCAUGCUCAUCAGUAUACAAAUGGAACCAUAUGUGAUCUUACUAAUCAGCCCCGAGAAACGGAGGUGAGAUUUGUGUGCUCGGAGCCCAGGGCAAUGAUUAGUUCAAUUACAGAGUUAUCCACCUGCAAGUAUGCACUUACUAUUCAAUGCCCCAUGCUAUGCAAACACCCAUUAUUCCAAGAAGAGAGACCAGUGUGGCACACUAUUAACUGCAAUGUGCUUCCAAAGGAUUACAAGGAUAGCAAGGUUGAGGAUGCACAUAUUACUAUGAUCAUGGACUUGGAAGAUCAAUCCAGUUAUGAUACAAGAGAAUGAAUGUUGUAAAUCUUUAUACACUUUUUGGUCAUUUAUACAGAUAAGCCUUGUCAAAGUAAAAGUGGUGGUGCAGUAUCAAAUUAAAGGAUUGUUAGUAUCCAUCUAUUUCCUCCCCUUC